AUGGGUAUUUCUCGUGAUUCUCGUCACAAAAGAUCCGCUACCGGUGCUAAGCGUGCUCAAUUCAGAAAGAAGAGAAAGUUCGAAUUGGGUCGUCAACCAGCCAACACCAAGAUUGGUACCAAGAGAAUUCACUCCGUUAGAACUAGAGGUGGUAACCAAAAAUUCAGAGCUUUGAGAAUCGAAACCGGUAACUUCUCAUGGGCUUCUGAAGGUAUUGCCAAGAAAACUAGAAUUGUUGGUGUUGUUUACCAUCCAUCUAACAAUGAAUUGGUUAGAACCAACACUUUGACCAAGGCUGCUAUCGUUCAAAUCGAUGCUACCCCAUUCAGACAGUGGUUUGAAGGUCACUACGGUCAAACUCUAGGUAAGAAGAGAAACACCAAGGGUGAUGAUGAAAUAGUUGCUCCAUCAAAGAGCACUGAAAAGAAGUGGGCUGCUAGAUCCGCUUCUGCUAAGAUCGAGCAAGGUGUUGACUCUCAAUUCGGUGCUGGUAGAUUGUACGCUGCCAUCUCCUCUAGACCAGGUCAAUCUGGUAGAUGUGACGGUUACAUCUUGGAAGGUGAAGAAUUAGCUUUCUACCUAAGAAGAUUGACAGCUAAGAAAUAA